UAUCACACGGUCCAACACGAUUAUCGACGGCUGGUCCGAUCUGUUGAGAUCAUCGAUGAUGAUAAUGCAGCUGAAGUUAUUGCGGUUAACUUGGCGGUGUUUCAUAGGAGUUGCAUACACAACAAAGAAACUUUACAAAAAGGAAUUUCGUUGAAUUUCGACUCUGACACUCUACUCCUGUAUUAGAAAUGGAAAACUCAGUCCUAGAAGAUGAUUGCAAUUCUAUGGAAGAAGAUAACGAUAGCUUGGACUCAAGCCCUGGUCAAUGGAUGAAACAAAGGCGAUCAUCGGUUCUGACAGGGCGUGGAGUCACUCUAAAGAUGCUGAUGGAUGAUCAUAUAGUUGAGCCUGGAAAUGGCUGCUUGUCCAUAGAUUACUUGGGCCAGAAAUUCAAAGCUGACCUUCUACAAAGUGGUCAAAUUCGCUGGGAUGGAACCAAGCAUUUGUUUAACUCACCUAGUGCCUGGGCAAUACACGUUAAAAAGCUUAUUAACCCUGACAAGAAGUCUGGAUGUGGUUGGGCAUCAGUUAAAUAUCAAGGAAAGAAGUUAGAUUUAGUUAAAUCCAUUUGGUACAGAAAAGUGGGACAAAAAUUAUCAGGAUUAACACCACCCUUGACGCCUUCCUCUGAGCUGAAUUUGUCUAUUGAAGAAAAUGGUGACAAUGGCAAUUAUUCCGAUUCAAUGGAAAUACUUGAAAGCAAUGGAGAGAGUAAUGGAAUGGUUGAUAAUGGAGGAGCAGUGGAUCUUAGAAGUGAAGCAACAAAAGCUAGAUCACCAACACAGGAAGUUGAUGCUACAGAACAGUAUGAUAAUUUCAGUUUGUUUAUACAAAAAAUGGAUAAAGAGAAGAAAGGAGAAACAGAAGCUGUAAAAUUGCAGAAUGAUGACAAGCAUAACAAUGAAAACGGAACAAAUGAAAAACCAAAGAUUAUUAAGUACUCCAUGUUACCAAAGGAAAAAUCAAAGCUUCCAUCAACAACACAAGUAAAAAGUGUACACUUUGAGAAAAUUGGAAAAAUUCAACCAUUUACUGUUUCCAUAACAACUAACUGCCUGAUGCUAAUGGAUUUUCAUUGCCACUUAACAACAAGUGAAGUCGUAGGUUAUCUUGCUGGUAAAUGGAAUAAUCAAACACAACAUAUGACAGUACUACAAGCAUUCCCAUGUAAAUGCAGGCUUGGUGAUAAGGAAAAUGCAGCACUAGUUGAAACUAUGAUUCAGCGUGACAUCGCAUUGAGAGGUCUUUCCCUAAUUGGAUGGUAUCAUAGUCAUCCGAAGUGUGAUGUGGAACCCUCUGUCCAAGACAUCAAUUGUCAGAUGCAAUAUCAGCUAAAACUGAAGGGAGAAGGAGCGUCGUACCAGCCGUGUCUUGCCAUGAUCUGUGGACCUUAUAGGGAUGAUUCAAAAAGUUCCAAAAUAAGUGCAUUUUGGGUGAUGCCUUCAAAAGAGGAGCGAAGCCUUGAUUUAGGAAUGCCAAUGGCGAUGAAGGUCAGCCAGCAACAAGAUGUCUUCCUCACCCAAGAUGUCUUGCAAGAAAUGAAAAUGUUAGCAGAAUUUUACAAAGAUGCAAAUGAUGCUAUCAAAUUUAGUGAUAAAUGGCAUUCAUCUACAACGUAUCUACACAAAUUUAAGGGUUCUUUGACUGAUAAGCUGCCUAAGGAUAACUCAGAUGGGAGGCUCUUGCAAUACAUUGAAUCCUUAAUCAUAUAGUGUUAACCUAUGCCAACAACAGUGCAGUUCUGUGUUUACUCAAUACCAUUCCUUUUCAAAAGAUAGGAUUGUGACUUCCUUCAUUGAUUAUGAUUCCUUUUAUAGUAAUUCCAACUUGACACUUGCCAUACCUCAGAGCUAAUGUGUAGUAGUGUGUAUGGAGGUUUGUAUGUGUGUGUGGGUGGGUGUGUGUGUGGGUGAGAAGACAUCUAUGUGGUAUGCUGGUGUGUAUGUCUAUUUAUUGUGGUGUGUGGAUGUGUUUGUUUGAAUGUUUGUUAUGAGAGUAUAAGAAAUAAUUUGUUUAAUGGUUUAAACAUUACAGAUGAUUAUAUUACUUGCUAUGUAAGUAUUUUUGAGUUAUUUUCUGAGGUAUCCUGUCACUGCUUCAAAUCUAUUAGAAAAUCUUUAAAAAAAAUUCUGAGUUUAGUUAAUUUGUAAACAUCCACAGUAAUUAUAUAAAGUAAUAUUUGAAUGUUAUGUAAUAUUAUUGAUGUAAUAUUUCAUUUAAUGCCCUCCUUUUUUGUGUUUACUUUUUAGCCUAUACUGUAUUUAUUUUAUGUUCUUUGUUGUAUUUUUUUCAUCACUUACAAUUUCUAGGGUUUUUUCAUAUUUAUUAUGACAGUUGUUAAUACAAAUCACUGCACCAUAUGAAUACUAAUUAGUAUUUGACUGUACUUUUCAAACCUUGAAAAAAAAUGACCUUCUAAAAUAUGCUCUGUAUAUAUCUUGAAAUUUUUAAAAGAAAAUUGAAAUGAAGUACUGUACCUCAGACUAUGCACUUUCCAUUUACAUGGAUGUUAUUAUUAAUCUUGAUGACUUCUGGAAGUAAAUACAAUUCUGUCACUAUUUUUAAUAAAGAGAGAUGUUAUCCAUUGAUAUAGUAAACCAAAGAUUACUUGAAUAUUUCUCCCAAGAACGAUGUAUCUAUGCAUAAGAGAUUCAGUAGAUGUGACAUUUAGUGUAAAUAUUUAUAGGUAAAAAGCUGUAUAAAAUGGGAUUAGGGUUAAAGGUUAAGCGAUAGCUCUUUGUGUUAAUUUUAUGAUUUUGAUAAAACUGGCAUUAAUCCAGGCAAUUAUUUUGAAAUGUAAAUACUUGUAUCCUGUUUUUCAUGUUGAAAUUGGUUUGGAAUUUUGUGCAUGCCAAAAUAGACCUAUCCAAGAAGAAUGGCGCCCUCUGUAAUGGCGCCGACAUAGAGGGCGACACUCAAAAAUGCUCACUUGGAUAGGUCUAAGGUGUGAUAUGACAUAAUCAUGCCCAUAUUUGGACAGCAUACGCUCACUUUCACAAGCUUUUUUUCACAUCAACACUCACCAGUUUCAGAUUGGCACUGCGAUCAUUGGCAACAGUUUGACUAUUACCGGAGCUAGUUACCUUUUUUAUUCUGUUAACUAUGUGCUCUUCAAAACUAACAUUUCGUCAUUGUAUGGGAUUUUUUUUUUCUUUGCUCUGAAGACUUUGGAAUAACUUAAUUGUUCCUAAAAGGUAAUCAUUCUAUCCUACUUGCAAGUUAUACAAAAAUGGACAAUAGAAGUCAGUAAUGAUCCAUGUAAUGAGUUUAAGGAUUGAAUCAUGAUUUGAGUUAAAGAUCUUAGUGCAUAUUUAGAACUGCUUCCAUGUUUUGUCACCCAUUUAUUUUCAGGACCUUGUUAAGAUAUUUGACACAGGUUACCAUGAUCCUCUCAAGAUUCUGCUCAUCUCGCCAUCCCCAUAACAAAAAGAUUGUUUAGUGAUAGGUCAUUUUCUCUAAUUAUGCCUAAGUUAUAAAACAGCCUGCCAACCAAUGCGUGUGAUGCCCUACAGUAGCGUGAAAGGGUUUUACAAACUUCUUAAAACGUGUCUCUUUCCAAAGGAGUAGGUUUUUUUUAUAUUUUUGUGCUGCUCUUUGUUAAAUUGUUAAUUUUCUCCUUUUCUGAGCAAUUCUUUAUUUCUUGUGUUUUUCACUUUGCACAGUGCUUUGGUGUGUGUGGAAAAGGACUUAAUAAAUCCUGUAAUAAUAAUAAUACUGUAACUUCUUUAAACGUGUCCCUUUCCAAAAGAGUAGGUCUUUAUUAUAUUUUUGUGCUGCUCUUUGUUAAAUUGCUGUUUUUCGCCUUUGGUGAGCAAUUUUUUUUCUUUUGUUUUUCAAUAUAUACAGUGCUUUGGUCUUUGUGGAAAAUGGCUUAAUAAAUCCUGUAUUAAUAAUAAUGUAAUUGGGGGAUAUGGGUGGGUUUUAAUUUUUUUUUAUUGUAUUUUAGUACAUCUGAUAAAUAUUUGGUAUAAUUUACUGAGUUUUGCUUUGGCAGGUUGGUACUUGCAUGAUACACAUACUGUAUGAAAGUACUGUACUAGUAAAAUUAAUGCAAUGCAGGGUUCUUUAUUUGCACUUUUUUACUAAUUGUCAAAAAGUAUUAUCUAGAAAAACUUGAUCCACAAUAAAAGACUAUAUUGCUAGGUGUAAUAAUUAAUUUAAUUUUUUUUUUAAAUAAUAUAUUGAUAGUAUAGCUUUUACGUUACACUCUCCAUUUAGUUAAGAACAUUUUGGACUGAAAUUUGGUUUCCAUAAAGAAUUGCACAAGAUAAGUGUUGAGAGGGAAUCAUUCAUGAACUGAAAAAAUAAAUAGAAGUACAGUAGUCUCUUGAUUUUAUGGCCCUUAAGCCAGGCUCCAGGGAUGCGGUGGGUUGGGGUGGAAUUAAUAUGUUUCUAAGAACCCGAAGGGGUGUUUGACAAAGUUAGUUAUUUCAUAAUAUACAGAUUAGUUAUUUCAUAAUAUACAGAUUUUUAACUAUUUAAAAGCUGGGUGAAAUGUUAUUAAUAUCAAUUUAAUAUUAUAUUUACCAGCAAACAAUCAUAUCUUCGGCUUAAAUGCAUGGUAAUGCUUAAGUCAUUAUUUAUAAACCACGCCUAGAAUAAAUGCUGAAAUUUCAUUUUAAUUAUAUAAAUAAAAAUAGGAAAAUACGUUGCUAAUGAGCAUUUUUGUUUUCACUUACACAUUCAAGUCUGCAAUUGCUGGAUCCUUAAAUCUGUGUUAAAUAUUUUCAAACUGGGCGAAUCCUCAACCUUGUGCAUAAGAAGGAUGUUCGUUAUAUAUUUUUUAAUUAUUAUAUUGUAAAUGUUAAUGCCAUAAUUGUUACUUUACUAAGAUGAAAACGUUGAGUUAAACUUGACAACAGUGUUGUAAUGAUUAAAAUGUGCCUUCAUAAUGUA